AUGAAAAACUCACCCGGGCAUGGUGCUACUCUCACUCAUCUUGUGCAUUUCUCACGCAGUUAGCUUGCCUUGGCCUGUUAGUGAACAUGCAAAAGAGCAAGCUUCAGUCUUCUCAGUCCAUCACUUUCCUGGGAAUGAUUUUAGACUCAUGCUCAAUGAAUGUGUGGCUGUCAGCAGAGCGGGUUCAGACCAUUUUCAAUGCUUUGACCAUAUUUUGUCAGGGCAGAGCCAUUCCCCUGAAAACUUUCCAGAGAUUAUUGGGUCUGAUGGCGGCUGCAGCUUCUGUUCGCCACUUUGGAUUGCUGUAUAUGAGGUCACUACAGCUCUGGCUGAAAGAUCAGCCAGAGCUGUAGUGUCCACGGAGAGAGUGGAAAGAGGGGAAAAUGCAUGUACUGUUAUUAGCUGUCUUCUUGGUUCGACAGGACCAUGUUCGAGCAGAGGAUCAGCAUGGGCAGGGUGGUCAGAUGGAAAAAGAUCACCACAGAUGCGUCGCUGAGCGGCUGGGGAGCCCUAUGCAAUGGCAGGCCGGCUUUUUGAGUGUGGUCUAGAGGUCUUCACGGAGGACCCGGGACCCAACCUGACCCAGGUAGUCUCCAGUGUACAAGGGUCUCAGGUACAAGGGAGAAGGCUGCUAAUAUUAGGUGGAAGUGGGCUUCUGUAACAUAUAUCCACCAAACAGUGUUUGAAUUUAAACUGCUGGGCCCACCUGAGCUGUUUAUCUCAUAAAUCAAUGGCUGCCCUGUUUUUGAGGAUACGUGGCCCAGUUACUCCAGUUUGAAGUAUUACAGGGAGCGUUUAAUCAAAGUGACUUCCAGGCUUUAUCUUGAAAGUAUUUAAGGACAACCAUCUGUGGUUCCAGCGUUUUGACCCUUGACUCCAAAGCAGUGAUGGGACGUAAACUGGACCUGUCCGGUCUGAGCAAUGAUGAAGCAGAGCAUGUGCUCAGAGUGGUACAGAGGGACAUGCAACUCCGUAAGAAGGAAGAAGAGAGACUCAGUGAAAUGAAGCAGGAGCUGGAGGAGGAGGGUAGUCGUUGUUUGCUUCUGUCCAAGCAGCACAAGUUCAACGAGCAUUGCUGCAUCCGCUGCUGCUCUCCCUUCACCUUCCUGCUCAACCCCAAGCGCCCUUGUCUGGACUGCCACUACAACGUCUGCAAAUCCUGCCGCACCUACAGCCAGAGCGAGAGGGGCUACAUCUGCGCCGCCUGCCAAAAGAGCAGGCUCUUGAGGACACAGUACCUAGAAUGGUACUACAAUAAUGUGAAGAGUCGGUUUAAGAGAUUUGGCAGCGCCAAAGUGCUGAAGACCCUCUACAGGAAACACAUCAUCGAAAGAGGAGCAUAUUCUGAGUUACCAGAGGUCAGCGCACAUGAAGGCAGUAAUGAUAAUGGCAGUGUUUGUGACGGCAGUGACUCCACGCUCUACAGGCAGAGUGAAGGUCACAGCAUGGCAGACACGCUUACUGUCGCUCUACGUGUGGCAGAGGAGGCGAUAGAGGAAGCCAUCGUUAAAGCAGAGAGCUACAAAGACAGUCUGGAGAAACAGAAUGAGGCUCGCUAUUUGCAUGACCACAGAGAAGAGCUCAUAGAGGAACUUGCCACGACAAUUGUUCAAAAAAUCAUUCAGAGGGGGAAACGGUCUGAGAUUCAGGCUGAGUAUGAGUUUGUUUGGCCUCAGAAUCAGAGUAGUGAGCUACCGUCCCCUACCUCAACACAAUACACACACGCCACACAGCAUUCACACACCACCUCUCAGCACGGCGCAGUAGCCCAGACCGACAACACCAGCUCCUGUCCGCUGUGGAAGUCAAGAUCAGCAUUCUCUUUGACAAGUGACGAUUCUCCAGAGAAGGACCCUGAGGUGGGAAUGGCCCCAGGGGUCCCAGAGAGUGCAGAGGUAGAGACAGACAUCCAGAACUACACUUCACUGAGGAGGGAGUCCAGAGCAUCAUCACUUCCUGGUUGGAAGAGUGUUGACCGCCUGGACAACACUAGUGCAUCUUCAGUCCUGCAGUCCCCUGAUGGUAACUGGAUCGCCCUGCAGAGCUCCCAGCAUUCCCGGCCCAGUCUGCUGACUAAGCGCAAGAGCCUUGUUUUCAGUGUGCUGGAGAAAGAAUCAGGCGUUGUGUCUGCGUAUGACGAAAUGGGCUCUGAUUCGGACCCUGAGGACCAGGGGGGCUGGGGGGCUGCCCUGUUACAGUUUCGCAGACGUCUCUCUGACGAAACAUAUUACACUGACUCUCAACAUGACCCGGAAUGGACAUACACCCAACACCCACCCAUCACCUCACCCUCCUCGGGUCAGUACACCAACACUGAGACCCUCAACUCAGACUCGGAGACGUCUCCUGCCCCAUCCACUCGAGCAAGCAGACCAGCCCACGGUACACCCCAGAGGAAAAAAGGGCUGCCUGAAGCACACCCGUAUCCUCCCUACAGACAUCACGCAAGCAGUGUAGCUUCACCUCUACUGAGGCCAGAAGUUCUUGAUGUGAACUUUAACCCCCGUCUGGGAGGGGACAGUAGUGAUGGGGAGGAGCGGAGCGAGCAGAUCAAAAGGUCAAGGAGGCGCAGAAAGAGCAAACGUGAGACAUCAGAGCACAGCCGAGCACAUAAUGCACUGUACAGCUCUGCCACAGUGGAGAACAGUGCCGUCCUCCUCAAUGCCAUGAUGAUACGCCGCCAACAGAGCCAGGAGAACCCAGUUCCUCUGAAUUACCAGACGCCAGACACUGUGACCCCUCCUGACCUUUUGACCUCUGACGCCAUGACCCCUGAACCUGACUAUCAGAACACAAUGGCUCACAACUCCAGUGCCGCCAGCCCGCUGAUGCAAGGCCAAUCAGGGGCCAGCAAACCAGGGUUCAACCUUCAGGGCCCUUUGCUCAGGGGCUCCUCAGUAAAUGAAACCCUGGAACAGGAACUGAGAUCCAAAUUCGGUGAGCUGGUUGGCCAAGUCAGUGAGAGUGAUGUAAUGUCAUCUAAUUUUGAGCCAAUCAGGAAAGUGGGUGACAAGCAAGAGGACAUGGUACGGGAGAAAGAAAGUGAGAAACUGAGACCGAAGGAAAGGCGAGAGAGCAAACGAGACAAGAGGGACGGGAAAUUGAGGGAAAUCGAGAAGCCGAAUGAAACACAAACGGUUAGAGAGAUGGACACAAGUGAUGCAGUGAGACAGAUAAAUAUAGAGAGAGAAGUGAAGAGAGAGAGGGAUCGACAGAAAGAAAUGGAAAGACAAGUAGAAAGAGAACGAGAAAGACAAAGAGAGCUGGAGAAACAAAUCGAGAGGGACAGAGAAAGACAACGAGAGAUUGAGGUGCAGGUUGUGAGGAAACAGGAAAGACAGAGAGAAAUGGAGAAACAACUGAAACAAAAGCAAGAGAGACAAUCAGAGAUCGAGCAAGAGAUAGAAAGGAAGAGGAAAAGCAUACGCAUGGAAAAAGACAAAUUAGAGCCUAAAGUGAGUGUGAACUCCAAAGAAGAAGAUAAACAGGAAGUGGCCUGUGAAACUGAGGGAGCAUCAGGUAGAGUAAUAAAGCAAAAUAACAGUUUAGAGGAAGACAACAAUGAAACAGAGAGGGAAAAAAUGAAGAGAAUAUCACCACAGAGAUGCAAAUCAGAAACAGGGUCAGAAAAACAAGAACAACUUGAGACAAAGACAACAAGGUCUUCAACUACAUCUCCAGACAGCAUCCCCUGUGGUCUGGAGGAGCCACUGUCUCCAUCAGAGGAGGGUCUGAGCGAUCGUGCCCUACAGCAGAGGUUUCAGUUACUCUCCUCUCUCUUACAGCAGAAGUACUCUGCCGCGUCUUUAUGCAGCAUCACCACAGAGGUACUAAAGGUCCUAAAUGCUACAGAGGAAUUGCUUGGAGAGGCAGAAGGCAAAGUUCAUGACCCUUCUCCGGCUGGCACACCCAUGUCCUCAGGCCCGGGAACCAGGAAGCUGGACCAGCACCUCACUAAGAUGGAGGAAAAUGUGUAUUUAGCUGCAGGUGCUGUGUACAGCCUAGAGGGGGCACUGAGUGACUUAGAAGAUUGUGCACGCAGCAUCUGCAGCUCCACAACAGAGACUGAACUGGCCUUCUUGGAAGACCAGGUGGCUACUGCUGCUGCCCAGGUUCAGCAGUCUGAGCUCCAGAUCUCAGAUAUUGAGGCAAGAAUAUCAGCCCUCAAAACUGCAGGUCUUAAUGUAUCUGCAUGCACACGGUUUUCCAAGUACAAAUCUAAACCCAUGUCCCAGACGCUGGACUCUUCUCGUCAUCAGAGGAGAAAGCUGCCAGCUCCUCCUCUCAGAAGUCUGUCAGAAAAGGAAGUCAAAUCUGAGCUGCAGGUGAGAUCUAUGAGGCCAUGACAAGAUGUGACCUCUGUGAUUCUCAGAUAAGCUAUAUGGCUCAAUAUCACACUGCUUGUGACUGCUAGGACCAUCAGGCUGUUCCACACCAGUGCCUUGUUCCAACUUCCGGUCCUCUAAUUUGAUCAGAACUAAAGCUACUUGUCGACCCCAGGCCUGAUCACAACUUAUAUAGGGUUGAUGUCACUUUUGACCCCAAGAACUCUACCAAACCCUGGAGCUCAACACCUCCGGUUACCAGGGGACCUGAUUCUCUCUUUCUCUCUCUCUCUCUGCCUUAAUGGAGACCAAACUCCUACAAUGAACCAUCACAGAGGGUUGUAAUUGUAGAUUUAAACUCAUGUAAUUACUGUAUGUGUAACAAUGAACAAUGGCAAAUGGUUAACAAUCUAGGACGUCACCUCCUUCUCUUUUUCUAACGUUUGCUGAGUGUUGUACAUGUUUAAAAUCUGUAUGUGACUGGAAAAAAACCUCUCGGGAUGACCAAUGUGACCUUUAUUUUAUUUUAUUGUUUUGUUUUGCAAAGAAGCUGGAGCACAUUUGGUAAAAGUUUUAAAUGUGUGAAAUGUCUAUGUGAAAGUGAACACAAAAUACCUGCAGGACCUGUUUGAUUUUCAUUGUCUUGUUUCUGUUCUUCUCAUAUGCAGUGAAAAUAUCUCAGGUUUCUUUUUCUGAUGGUCACUUUUGGAGUUGUUUCUUUAAGGCGCUGUGCUAAAAACUGUAUUCAGCAUCUAAAACAACUGUGAAAUUUAUCAUUUAGUCUUUAUUUUAUUUUAUAAAAAAAUAAGGGUCAAGUACUAUUGGAAAGCACUUGACAACCUUGCCAUAUAAUGAGUUUUUGAGUGUGUUUGCAUGAAUCAUAAACCCCCUGUGUAUUCAUACUUGUGUUUGAAUCCACCUCAGAUAUCUAUUGAUCUCUUGAGUAUGAACAUCAAAUCACUGCCAUCUCCGUAAGAAGCACUCUAGUAAUUUGUUCACAAGGGUUGUGGCCUUGUUGACUUCUUAUUCAUUUAUUAAUCUGAAAAACCCAGUUGUUAUUCUCAGAGCACUGCUUUAGUAUUACAAUCCACCUAUAAAAGCAUGUACAUACUUUAAAUGCAAUUUUGGACAUUCUAAAACAAUUUGUAAUGUUUCUGUGAUGCAAAUUGGUUUGCAAUUGAUAAUCCAUAUAGUAAAUAAAACCAUUAGAAAAAUGCUACAAUAGCACAGUGUUACAACUGCACACUUAUGAUAAGCCAAACCACCGGUGUGUUUAAUCACAACUGCAUUAUGUUCCACAAGAUAAUCUUUAUUUUUGUUAUAAUGCUAUUUAGUCUGUACAAUAUAAAUCACAUGAGCUUAAAUUUAUCAUUGGCAUUAUAUAAAACUGGGAUAACCUGUUUUUGCAGAAUUACAGCUGUGACAUCAAAUACUGCAUCAUAUUGUCUUAGUGAGCGACUAAGAUGACGUCUGUGCUGUGUUCAGACACACAAAUUGGACCUUUUAGCUCAGAGAAAUCACAGAAGCAUGAAAGAUUUAUCUUUAGUUACCUUGAGAUAUUCCACAGAACUUUUAUUUUUUGAGCCAAUGGAGAAUAAACUAGCAUGCAAUAUACAAUUUGCACCAUCAUCCCAAACUUUGUCUUCUCCAUUCCAUUCUCUCUACAGAGAAGAUGUUCAGCUUUCAUGCUGUUAAACGGGUCCUGCUCUUUGUUGUUGUCUAUGGCAAUGUUAGUGUAUAAAAGCAUGUAUCACGUUUCUUAUAAAUGUAAAAUAUCCCAUGAAAAGCACAGUCAAGAAAUUGAAAAUGUCCUACAGUGUCUACAGUGUAUUUUUCUAUUUGAAAAAUCAAAUGCAUAUAUAAAAAGACAAGAUAUGAAAGAUAUGAAAUAUUGUAGGCUCUUCAAGUGUAUUUUGGGUUUGUCAUGACUGAAAGGGCAUUAGCCUGCCUCUUAUCAGAAUGUCCUCUGUGUAAUUUAACCAUAAAGUGUUAAUUGAGAGAAAAGAAAAUAUUCUGUAGCGAAAAGAAAAAAGCCAAUGAAUUCUCAUGUGCCAAAUUUGUUCUGACACAAGCAGUGUUCAAAUAAAUAUGAAUAAAGUUUGCAUUCCUAAAGA